CAGUAGUAUAGCGUCAUAGUUUUAAAAACAAUUUGAUAUCCUUCUUUCAGUGUUCUUGUCAAGGAGGUGGGUUGAAGCGUGUCGAAUUUCUUGGCCGGUCACGGCAGUGAUACUGUAUGAGUUUGUUCGCUUCAGUCGUAAACCUAGUCCAUAAAUCGUAGGCGAUCCAGUGGAAACGUCUUGCUGGCAGCCUGCGGUUCAGUCCAAAAUUGUGAUGACAUCUGAGCAAAUAUAAGAGAGGAACAUUGGCCGCAAGAAUGUAUACAAAAGUUGUGAUUAGUCUUUGGAUAUUGGCGACGUUAUCUACGGGAUACGCAUGUACAACUGACAGUGACAUUCUGAUCGAUAUCAUAUUUGUUGUGGAUGGUUCUGGUUCUAUAGGUGAAGCGAAUUUUGAAAUAGUAAGAUCAUGGCUUAUAAAUGCAACAGGAGAGAUGAUGCAAAAAUUUGGUGAUAGAGCUCAGUUUGGAGUCUUGCAAUAUUCCAGCAAAGAUCCGGUAUAUUAUAAUAUACCGAUAGAAAAAUCCACCGUUUUUGAAAUACCAUUCAGACUAGGUGAUUGCAAGACAAUUGAAUGUAUGAAAGAUAAGCUGACAUCAAUGGAUUACUUACAAGCCCAAACUUAUACAUAUUAUGCUCUGAGAAGAGUUAUUGAGGUUGAAUUUUCACUUUCGCCACGUUAUCCAGAGGCAAAGAAAGCAAUAGUAUUGUUGACUGACGGAGCGGCAAAUGACGGAGUAUUUUUAUCAAAUGCAUAUCACCAAACCGUGCUGCGUAACAUCACUAACUUUGUAAUAGGAGUUGGCCACUACCAAUUGAAACAACUAAAAGUAUUUGCAAAUGGAGGCAAAACAAAUGAACGAGUCUUUACACGAACAGAUUUUGAGUCUUUAUCUACUGUUAUGGAAACGUUGGAAAGCGAAUUAGCUAAAGAAGGAUUUUUUUGUGACGAAUGUGCUGCUGGAACGGACAAUUGUAGUCCACAUGCUAAAUGCACUAACAAAGCUAAUGGCUUUGAGUGUAAAUGUAAAUUGGGAUUCUAUGGUGAUGGAGUGAGUUGUAUAGACAUUGAUGAUUGUUUCCCGAAUCCAUGUAAAGAAAAUUCAAGAUGCGUCGACGGAAUAAACCAGUACCAAUGCGUAUGCGACCAAGGGUUUCGAUCGGUCGGCAAUUUAUGUGAAAACAUUGACGACUGUGUAUCUAACCCAUGUGGGGGACGUUAUCCUAUAUGUGUCGAUACAAUCGAAGGAUAUCGUUGUGAAAGAGAACCGGGCGGUGAUCCAAUGAAUCCAACAGGAGGUGAUGAUAUGAACAACACAGUUGCAAUAUUAACUUUUGCGCUUGCUGCUGUAAUAAUUGUACUUCUGACCUGCUGUGUGAUAUACAUUAUAAGAAGACAACAUGUUUAUAAUGUACGCUCACCAAAAACAACUUGUCGGUCUGACCAGCUAUUAAGUACGGAAAAAUACGAAGAGACUGCUAGUGUAUGAAGCGAUUUUGUGUCGGUGAACAUUACGGGGCAGACGAAUAUUUUUACUUCAAUUUUUAUGCCGAGUAAUUAUGACUGAUAACUGAUACCAAUUUAGGACAACUGAUUAGGUAAUUAAUUAUAAAACGCAUUCGUAAUGGAAAUUGGUAAUGAUUGGUAUGAGAUGUGUCAAACAAGGAAGUACAUAUAUAUUGAAAUUAUUUUUGUAAAAAUAGACAUUACCGAUUGGCGUUUUUAAUUUUUUAUGACGAAUUUCAGUACUCACCAUGAAACUCUUUAAAUUCAUAUUAUAUUUCGUUUUAUUUGCCUGAUUCGCGAAACGAAAAAGUAAUUUUGAUGAUAACUAGUGAGUAAUGAUGACGGCCUUAAAAGGCUUUCCACCAUCUUAACUAUAGCAAGAUGAUUCGACAUUUCCAUUUCAUACAAUAACGAAUUUAAAAGUGCUAUAUAUAUAAUAAAAUGAAUGAUGUCAAUCAAAUUAAUACUUCUCUUUGAGCAAAGCAAUUAACAGGCGUACGAAAGGCAGCAUUGAUUGCUCUCCAGCGCCACCGAAAACAAUUCAAAACGAAACUUUUGUCAGAAGUCUCCCUAUCAUCAAUUAGGUCCGUUCGUUAGUUAGAAGUCAGUUUAGUUUAGCCAUAGACAUUAAUAUCAUAAACCAAAAUAUCUUGGAUUCUAGCGCUGGAUGGAUUCAAUGGCAUUGGGGUUUCUCUUAGAGUAAAAUCACCAACAUGAUUCUAAAAUAAAACGCCCCAGGACUGCUCUCCAACGCCACCACGUCGUAAAUUAUCUUCCAAAUGACGACGAACAGGCGGACAGACUUUGCUAUCUAAACAAGCCUCGUGCCAGUCUGGAAGGCAUGGCGUUUUCGUUAACCGUUCAAUAUCGUUAACAUCAAGCUUACAGCGAACUUUUUAAUUCUACCACAGGCAAAUUUUCUGGGAAUCAUUUUACCUUCUAAUUUCGAGGUGUUUCACGAUGAAAAGGUCUCUCCUUUACGUCUAAGAUAUGUCCAUAACCAGCAUCUAUUCUAAACGGAGGGUAUCUGUUGAGCGAAUUUGAGAAACUCAGUCAUGUAUGUUAACUUGAUGCAGACACUGCCAAUUACUACCAGACUCUAGCUAAUGAGAGAACGAUUCGCUUACAGUACUGUAUAAAUUUAUCUAGUAAUAUCAUCAGAAAGACACACAGAGACCAUACGUUCACAUAAACAAAGCCAAUAAUAAUACAAGGAACAUGAAGCGCCUCUGAUGGAAAUUACAAAUCAAAAGCCUUAAUAGGAAUUACAACAUGCCAGAUUAAAAUAUACAAAUUCAUUGAUAGCUCCUCGCUUGGUGCCGUGAAUCAAUGCGGAAUCCCGUUUGUUAUGUUCAACAUUUGAAUAUGAACAAUGAAUUACCAUAUGUUCAUAAACUGAAACUUAUGGAAUAUAUCUUAUUAUGAUAUGCUUUUUUUUCGGUUAAUUUGGUGUCGAACGUUCUUAUAAUUACGACCAUAGAGAAAUGAUUAUUGGUGACUGAAAUCUUCCCACAAGAUAAUAAAUUUAUACAAAAUAAAAAUUGAUGGCGACAUUCCGCCGACUGUAAUAUUAUAAAAAACAGGAAGGAGGAACCAGGAACGGUAACAGAUCAAGUUUGCUUUAUCCAUGUUUCAUGUUCGAAUCGAACAUAAUCGUUUUUUCUUUACAGCCGGGUAUAAUUUGUAAUGUGCAAGGUAAUUGGCUGGAGAAAACUAGGCCAGAAUUUGAA